AUGGAUAGGAGAGACCAGGCUAAGGAUAAAGGAAGAAAUUACAAUGGAGGAAAGAAAUGGAUAGGAGAGACAAGGCUAAGGGAUAAAGGAAGAAAUUACAAUGGAGGAAAGAAAUGGAUAGGAGAGACAAGGCUAAGGGAUAAAGGAAGAAAUUACAAUGGAGGAAAGAAAUGGAUAGGAGAGACCAGGCUAAGGGAUAAAGGAAGAAAUUACAAUGGAGGAAAGAAAUGGAUAGGAGAGACCAGGCUAAGGGAUAAAGGAAGAAAUUACAAUGGAGGAAAGAAAUGGAUAGGAGAGACCAGGCUAAGGAUAAAGGAAGAAAUUACAAUGGAGGAAAGAAAUGGAUAG